AAUUCCGCGGGGAGUCGCAUCCUACCUGGUCGGGGGGUGUAUCGCCUUCCCACACUCUCUCUUCUGAUGCUCAUUCACCAGGCUGCAGCCUAGGUGGGAGGAAAAGUCCUGGUUUGGGAACUGAGCCGAAGAAGAGAUUCCGAUGGGUUCUUGGAAAGCUUUUCUCUUCUCCCCUUUUCUUCUGUGGAAUCAAAGUAGAGGGGUGAGGCUGGUGUUCUUGUUACUGACCUUGCAUUUGGGGAACUGUGUUGAUAAAGCAGAUGAUGAAGAUGAUGAGGAUUUAACAGUGAACAAAACUUGGGUCUUGGCACCAAAGAUUCAUGAAGGAGAUAUAACACAAAUUCUCAAUUCGUUGCUCCAAGGCUAUGACAAUAAACUUCGUCCAGAUAUAGGAGUGAGGCCCACGGUAAUAGAAACUGAUGUUUAUGUAAACAGCAUUGGACCAGUUGAUCCAAUAAAUAUGGAAUACACGAUUGAUAUAAUUUUUGCCCAAACCUGGUUUGAUAGUCGUUUAAAAUUUAAUAGUACUAUGAAAGUGCUUAUGCUUAACAGUAACAUGGUUGGGAAAAUUUGGAUUCCUGACACUUUCUUCAGAAACUCAAGGAAAUCUGACGCUCAUUGGAUAACAACUCCUAAUCGUCUGCUGCGAAUUUGGAAUGAUGGACGAGUUCUAUAUACUUUAAGAUUGACAAUUAAUGCAGAAUGUUAUCUUCAGCUCCACAACUUUCCUAUGGAUGAACAUUCCUGUCCACUAGAAUUUUCAAGCUAUGGAUACCCUAAAAAUGAAAUUGAAUAUAAAUGGAAAAAGCCUUCUGUAGAAGUGGCUGAUCCUAAAUAUUGGAGAUUAUAUCAGUUUGCAUUUGUAGGGUUGCGGAACUCAACUGAAAUUUCUCACACAAUCUCUGGGGAUUAUGUUAUCAUGACAAUAUUUUUUGACCUGAGCAGACGAAUGGGAUAUUUCACUAUUCAGACCUACAUUCCAUGUAUUCUGACAGUUGUUCUUUCUUGGGUGUCUUUCUGGAUUAAUAAAGAUGCAGUACCAGCAAGAACCUCACUCGGUAUUACCACAGUUUUGACUAUGACCACUUUGAGCACAAUAGCCAGGAAGUCAUUGCCUAAGGUUUCUUAUGUAACCGCCAUGGAUCUCUUUGUUUCUGUGUGUUUCAUUUUCGUUUUUGCAGCCUUGAUGGAAUAUGGCACUUUGCAUUAUUUUACCAGCAACAAAAAAGCAAAGACUGCUCGAGACAGAAAGCUAAAAAACAAGGCCUCGAUAACCCCGGGACUCCAUCCUGGAUCCACUUUGAUUCCAAUGAAUAGCAUUUCUCCGCCACAAGGAGAAGAUGAUUACGGGUACCAGUGUUUGGAGGGCAAAGACUGUGCUAGUUUCUUCUGUUGCUUUGAAGACUGCAGAACAGGGUCCUGGAGAGAAGGCAGGAUCCACAUCCGCAUCGCCAAAAUCGAUUCCUAUUCCCGAAUCUUUUUCCCAACAGCUUUUGCCCUGUUCAAUCUGGUUUAUUGGGUUGGCUAUCUUUACUUAUAAGUUAUGCAAAAAGAAAAUUUACUAAAUUCCAUAUCAUUUACUGCACUUCAGUAACAUGAAGUUUAAGUUUAAAAUUCAGAGAAACUAAUGACUAAAAUGUGAAUAUUCUUGUGACCAUUUUAAGACUGUCAUAAGUAAGUAAAGUAGCAGUUUGCAUAUUAAGUUACUUGAAUUUAUGUAAAACAGAUUACUUGUAAAAUUCAGU